UUGGCGGCUGCUUUGGGCAUGCAUCGGAAUACUCUUCGGUGCUAUCUCAAAAAGCAUAAUGUGUAUCAGCAAUUCUCAGCAAUCUCCAAUGCUGAUCUUGAUAUCCUUGUUAAGAUCUUCAAGAUUCAUAAACCAGAUUCUGGCCUUCAUUACCUAGUUGGCUUUCUAAGAGCCCAUAGUGUUCGUGUU